GCGGAAAAGUCUCUCCUCGCUUCUACACUCAGGGGCUGCAAGCCAAACAGCCAAAGGCAGUUUUGGAUGGGUCGACAGACCUGAAAAGUGCGUUCCUAUUUGAGACUACGUGCCAGAUCGAGCACAAAUGGGCCUGCGAGCGCGUCGUCCAAAAACCGACAAACCAUCAAAGUCUGUCUUUCGACCAGUCCUAUCAAGCCCUUUCUGUCUCGACUGGCCGCAAGAUGCAUUCGAAUCUACUGAUCAAAUGAAGUCAUGGGCCCACGAGCAAGAUUUUCAGGCGUCCAGAGGUGUCAUUGGGAUCAAUCAAUGCACCAGAGUGCUGGAACAGCACAUUCGGCAUCUCCGCAAGAAAGUCAUGCCAUCAGACAAGGAUGAUCAAAAACAACAUCAAGCAUGCACUGAAGAGACAGCUUUGCAGCCACAAGAAUGUGACGAAGCAAAUUCGCUGUUGCUGUGCCGCCAUGAUGUCGACCCGGCUGGCUUGACAGCUCAUAUACCGGUCCUGUUUGCAACGCUUUCUGCGCUCCGAAGGAAAUUAGGGCUGCGCUGCUGGCAAUUACUGGUGCUUCCUCGGGGGUCUGAAACUACACUCGCGGCCAAAAUGUCCGUCCGGCGCUGCGCGGCUGUUCUUUUUCCGAGGGAUGUCCUUGUGAGGUCAUGCAUCAAAGAAGCACACGGACAGCCUGCCAUGACAUGGCUUGAUUCCGCCAUGUCAGCUUCUAUACCCAACGCUUCCCUCCCGGAAAUGACCAGUCUGAGUCCUGCCCCUCCGCAGAUCAAGCUGAUGCGGUGCCGCGCUCCGUUGGACAUGAACGCUGUACGGGCGGAGAAGAGGGCGUCUAGGAAGCUCGCCCGAGAAAGGAGCAAGGUUACCCGGCGGGGUCGGCCUCCGAAGUGAGCGACCUCGGUCGACCGAUUGAUCCGAAUAUCUGGCUCUCCGAAAGGUCGCAUGUGUAUGACAGAAUCGAGAAAGUAUUUAUUUCAGGGCCAUAUUAUCGCUCUUGAGCUUGUCCGUAUUGCUCACAUCAACUGCACCAAUUUGGAAGCAACUUGAGCUUCCUUUCGCUGCAUCCUGUGAAGAUACAAUGAGCGAC